UUAUAGGACAUAUAUGUGGAGAAGCGUGAGUUUCGAAAGGAAUAACGAAAGAUUAUUUCUCUCUAUCUCUUUUCAAUUUCAGUCACCUCUACACGACAUCGCAAACAAUAAUACUGCUGUAACGACCGUUACGGAGACACAGGUAGACACGUAUUAAGCAGUCGUGUGCCAUCAUCGGUGGUGUGAAUUAUUUCUAAUCAUUGCAACAGAAGUGUCAUUAAGGAUCCCGUACGAAAUUUUUUCCUAAAAUUGGAAAUCGACGUUGUUGAAGUAAAUUGAGACCAUCUAUAAAAUCACUUGGCGCAAAUACAACGCAGCUAGUAUUUAAUCGAUGUCAACAGAAGAGAAUUUUUUAUUAAAAUUGAACCAAGUAAUUUGCCAGUUCCAAAUUUCUGAAUUUUGAAACUUUAUUAAAGAAUCUUAGCUAGUUAUUUAAAAUAACAGUUGAUCCUUGGCACAUAAAAAAAAAGAAAAUAAAGGAACAAGCAGAAAAAGCUAUAUACAUAUAUGUAACACGUAUAUUAAAUUUAAUAAUUUAUCCUUCAAUUUACUCGAUAUAUAUUUAUAUUUUUUAUACAUAUAUACAUAUAUCGUAGAAUUGGAAUUUUGUGUUACAAUGCAUACAGCGUUAUUUGCGAUCAUCAUCGCUAACAUUGUGUGUGCCUUCGGUGCAUCAAUGUCAUUUAACAACCAGACUUAUAAAAAUCUAUCUUCAGCGAUUAUAACAUAUGUAGAAUUAAAGGAUGUAUCUAGUCUAAAAGAACCAUCGUAUAUAAAUCAAUUGAUGAACAUAAAAAACAUAGUAAAUAGUCUUACAAAUAUAUGUAUGAUAACUUCCUUACUUUUAAACGGUGCUAAAGAAGCGACAGAAAAUGAAUUGAUGUCUAAUUUGGGUAUUACUGACGAUCAGAAAAUAUCUUUAAACGGAUACUUAGCUAAUCUUACUUACUUAAAUGGUAUCGGAAACAUCGAAUUGCAUCUAGAAACUGCAGUAUAUGUUCAGAAUUCAAUUGAGCUAACAGCCGACUUCUCAUCAAUAUGCAUAAAUAUCUUUAAUUGCUCGAUUUCAAAAGUAGAUUUCAGCAAUAACACACAUGUUGCAGAAACUAUAAAUUUAUGGGCCCAAAAAGCAACAAAUUAUAAUAUGUUAAAUCACGUAAUUUCUCCAGUUAAUGUGGACAAAGGUACAAAAGUUAUGUUGGUAAAUAUUGUUUACCUAAAUAGUAGAUGGCUGAACUCAACUUAUACAAAAAAAACAGAAAGACGCAAAUUUUAUAUUUCUCCAUCAAAAAUGUAUUUUGUUCCAACAAUUAAAUUUGAAAAAUCGACAUUUAUUCAUGGUGAAAUACCACAUUGGAAUGCCAAGUUCAUUGAAAUUCCAUUUUUGGAUAACAACGUUACAAUGAUUAUAUUUUUGCCAAAUAAAAAUAUGGAACCUGGGAAUCUGGAGUACUUGGAAAAAAAGCUUAACUUUUUCGAAUUUGAAUCAAUUAGAACUGCAUACACAAACAAAUUUGAGCAAGAUAUGGAUCUAUAUUUACCUAAGUUUAUGACUGCAUAUCAUGAAAAUAUGACAGAUUUUUUUCGUAUGAUGGGCGUUACUACGAUGUUCGAGAAUAAUGCGGAUUUUACACGUCUCUCAGAAAUUCCUCUAAAAGUGAACAAUAUCGUUCAAACGGUUUCCGUGAAAAUUAACGGAGAAGGUUCGGAAGCUCCAAAUGAUAACAUUUUUGACGAAAGCGAGAUAAGAGAACCGGUAGAUCCAUUGCAAGAGUUGGUCAUAGAUCGUCCGUUUCAUUACUAUAUCGAAGUAUACGGAGAGAUAAUGUUUGCUGGAACCGUGCGAGCACCAGAAUUUAUAUUUCUGAAAGAUGAAUUAUAAAUUCUAUUAUAUUCUUGUAUUUAUUGAAAGUUUAUAUCACACAA